AUUUGUACAAACAAGGUUCCAGAUUAUUCUUCUUAGUGUACUUAGUACCAUUGCUUAUCCUUUCUUCCCAGUAUUUAAAUGCAAGUCCACUAUGACUGCUCACCAAAGUAAGAACUAUCUUCCAGCUAGUUUAUCUUUAGGACUCCAUAGAUAAUCACUUGAGCUUUUAAGUUGUCAGCAGAAAAAUGGUGAAUCACUCUCUAUUUUUAACCUUUUCAGUUUACAUUGUUGUUUUACACAUGGAUGGUUGAACUGAUUGCAUUCGCCGAAAAUUCCCAUGUCAAAAAUGCAGGAAGUAACCCACAAAUCUGACAGAUGGGAAGGGUACGUAGAUUGGCGAAACAGACCAGCUUUGAGAAGCCAACAUGGUGGAAAAAUUGCUGCAUUUUUUGUUCUAGGUUUGUUCCAUAACUAUACUUUUUAGGGCCACAUUUUCGACUAGUUGCGCCUAACGAAUAAAUUGAACGCAUAGAUUGCAUUUCCUUAAGUUUGAGGAGAAUCACAACAAGGACUUACUUUGUUGUUUCACUCAUUUUGAUAAUGUCCAGUUGUUGAGGUAAUGGAGAAUCUGACAUACCUGGCAACUGCAAGCAACCUAGUGCUUUAUCUGUCGAAAUUCAUGCAUUUUUCUCCAUCUAGUUCAGCCAACAUUGUAACAAAUUUCAUGGGCACUGCAUUUCUCCUUGCUCUCCUUGGAGGCUUCUUAUCUGAUGCCUUUUUCACUACUUAUAGCAUCUAUCUAAUAAGCGCCGCCAUCGAGUUUCUGGUAAGGUCUUCGCUUACCUUCCUAAUUUCUUAGUUCAUUUCACUAAUUCACUGAUGAAUGCAAAAGAAUGCUCUAGUUAUUAUUGGAUUUCGCGAAAACUUUUCCUCUACUAGCAUCAUGUAGGUAAGACCCUUGAGUAUGGUCAUCUUUUCACUAAGUGAAGAACCUUGUUGGACAGGGGUUGGUAAUUCUCACAGUGCAAGCUAAGGUACCUUCAUUGAAUCCUUCAAUCUGCACAUCAUCGAAUAGAAAUGCUUCCUGUCAACAAGUGGAUGGCACGAAAAAGGCAAUGCUGUUUGCAGGCCUUUAUCUGGUUGCUUUAGGAGUUGGAGGGAUUAAAGGCUCCCUCCCUCCCCAUGGCGCGGAACAGUUUGAUGAAUAUACAUCUCAUGGAAGAAAGCAGAGAUCAACUUUCUUCAAUUAUUACGUGUUCUCCCUGGCGUGCGGGGCACUGAUUGCAGUCACUUUUCUGGUGUGGAUUGAGGACAACAAAGGCUGGAUGUGGGGAUUCAGCAUUUCGACUGGCACAAUACUAUUGACAAUUCCUAUCUUCAUACUUGGUUCUGCAACUUAUAGGAUCAAAAUUCCCACUGGAAGCCCUAUUACGACGAUUUUCAAGGUUUUGGCAGGAGCAAUUUGCCAUUCCCAUUCUCGUACUUCCAGAAAUCCAAAUGCUGUCGCAAACAUGAGCAGAACCACAUCCGAAACAAGUGAAAUUGGCGAGGAUUUAGAAAAUGCACAUGAUGGGGUGAAAUGUCACAGAGUAUCAGAAGACAUGAAGUUCCUGAAUGUGGCUGCAACUAACUACCCUGUCCACCCACAACUAGAAUGCACAGUUAAGGAAGUAGAAGAUGUAAAGAUUGUUAUCAAAACACUGCCAAUAUUCGCAUCCACGAUAAUGCUGAACUGCUGCCUUGCUCAGCUUUCCACCUUUUCUGUACAACAAGCAGCAACUAUGAACACAAAGAUUGGUUCCUUUACAGUUCCGCCAGCUUCUCUUCCGGUGUUUCCUGUCAUUUUCAUCAUGAUGCUUGCACCAAUCUACAACCAUAUAAUCAUCCCCUUUGCGAGGAAGGUAACCAAGACUGAGAUGGGAAUCACGCAUCUACAGCGAAUAGGAACUGGCCUAGUCUUGUCCAUCAUCGCCAUGGCCACCGCAGCAGUAGUGGAAACCAAGCGAAAGCAUGUUGCAUUGCAAUCCGGCAUGAUUGAUUCGACAAAACCUCUUCCAAUCACAUUCCUUUGGGUGGCCUUGCAAUACUUGUUCCUAGGAUCUGCAGAUCUUUUCAGCCUGGCUGGAAUGAUGGAUUUCUUCUUCACAGAAGGUCCAUUCAGUAUGAGGUCAUUGGCAACAGCUCUGUCUUGGGCAUCAUUAGCAAUGGGUUACUAUUUCAGUUCCAUUCUAGUAUCGAUCCUCAACCAAGUAACAAGGAUUUUCGGGCACACUCCAUGGCUCUAUGGGAGAAACUUGAACCAUUACCAUCUAGAGCGAUUUUACUGGCUAAUGUGCAUAUUAUGUGGCCUCAAUUUCCUGCACUUUCUCUUCUGGGCUAGCCGCUAUCAAUACAGAUCAGUGGGUCCAGCAGAAAGGCAGAAGAAGAUCCAAAUGGAAAUAAACACAUGUUGAAGAUGAUUAAUCACCCUAUUCAGGAGUUAUAUUCUCCAUAAAUGUUCUCUGUUUCUUUAGAAAAUGAAAGGAGAAAAUUCCCAAUUUAUGGGAGUAUCUCUAAAGCUUGUUUUCACAUCAGUAUCUGGCUUAGUUCAUAAAGCAUAAAUAAGUUGGAGUUAAGUAUAUAGUUGAGCAGCAAACGUUUAUGAUUGUUAUUUCCAGAUUUAUACAGUAAAAAUAAUUUUGUUUCUAAGCUGCAGAUAUCUUGCAUUUCAUGACAGUCAGUAGGUCAAAUGUCAAUACUGUUGGGAAUUUCACAAAGUAGACUAUCUGUAUGAGGUGAGUAAGUAGUUCAGAAUUGAGAUUAAUGAUGAAGGAACAAAGCUACUAGGAUGAAGGAAGAUUUUAAAAAACAAUGAAGGAUGGUAGAUGUUUUUAUUAGUAGUUCCUCCAUCCCAUAAAAUAAGAGUAGAGACAUGAGAAUUGUUUCAAUCAAAUUUAAAUGAUGAAAAAGUAGAGAUUAACAUAAGCUCCCCUAUUCUAAAACAAGUUUCAGAGGUGGGUUACUUUAAUUGUUCGGCUGCUCAUAUUCAAAGAACAGAUGGUGGAGAUGAUAUUUGAUUCUCUACUGUGGGAAAUGCAACAAUCUUUUCCAAGACCACUCCAUGUUGCUUCAAGAGGCUCACAAAAACUUUUCAUUUUCGGUUCCCUCGUACUUCUUCAUCUGGACGAAACUUAAGUCUAGGUAAUUGAAGAAAGAUAGACCUCACCUCUUUACUUUUAUGCAAUCCUCCCUGAAAGUAGAUCAAAAUUACCAAUGUCAGAAUCGACCUGCUGGUGUGACAGAGGGUGUUACAUUUGUUUGUUGCAGAAAAUACAAACUGUAAGUAGAUGUUAAAAACAUACUCACAUCAUGCCAUAAUAACUCAUAAAAGUACACAAGGACUAAAGUCUCGAGCUGUAGACAUGUCUUGAGUAAAAUUUCCAGGCCAAGAAAAUCAUAUUUCGAGUAUCCAGUGAAUAGCUCUAAAUAUUUGAGGUUCCCAAAUCCAAAAGUCUUGGAGAAAAUCUUCUCUCCAACCUUAAGCUUCAGAUAGAAGGACUCAAAUGUGAGAAACAUAAAUAUACCACCUGUCGAAGUUGGGAACAAUAAAACAAUAUCCAAGAAGACUACAAAACCUUUUUUUUUUUUUUUCCGGGGUUCUCAAAUGAAACAAAAUUUAAUACUCUAACAAAUAUAUAGG